AUGUUCGGCAAUUCGUCGCCUUUUGGAGCAAAACCGCUCUUUACAUCAACGACUGCCGCUUCACAACAGCCAAGUGAAGACUUUGUGGUAAAUGGAGCUCCAGAAGAUACGAUAUCAAAAAUCAAAUUUGCGCCUGCACAAGACCAAGCUCUGCUCGCUUGCGGCUCUUGGGAUGGGACAGCACGAAUUUGGCAAGUAAGCGACAGUUGUCAAAGUGAAGGGAAGGCUGAACAAAAGAUGCCAGCUCCAAUCCUCGAUAUUGAAUGGUUUGACGAUAGUUCAAAGCUCUUCUUGGCUUGUGCCGAUAAAGAAGUCCGAUGUUGGGAUCUUGCUUCAAACCAGGUGGCUACGGUGGGAACACAUGAUGGUGCUAUCAAAACCUGUCACUGGAUAACUAGAUCACAGUAUUCUUGCUUGAUGACGGGUAGCUGGGACAAAACACUUCGAUUUUGGGAUAUGCGACAAUUGCCAACGCAGUCUUCAUUGAGAACCAUUCAGUUACCUGAACGUGUCUUUUCGGCUGAUGUUUUGGGUCCGAUGGGCGCUGUUGCACUAGCUAAUCGUCAAAUCAAGGUUUACAAUCUUGAAAAUGCACCAGAGGAGGUUAAACAGUUUGAGAGUCAGCUGAAGAUGCAGAGUCGAUGUCUUUCAAUUUUCAAGGAUCGCCAAAGUGAUCAACCAACGGGUUUUGCAUUAGGCUCAAUUGAAGGCCGAGUUGCUGUUCAAUAUGUAAGUCCAAGGGAUCCCAAGGAUAACUUCACUUUCAAAUGUCAUCGUUCUGCAGAGAUCAUCAAUGGUUAUCAAGAGAUUUACCCGGUAAACGAUGUUUGUUUGCAUCCAACUUAUGGAACUUUGCUCACGAUUGGCUCAGAUGGCCGUUAUUCGAUGUGGGACAAAGAUGCUAGGACUAAAUUAAAGACUUCUGAAACAUAUCAAAUGCCAUUAACUUCUUGCCAUUUCCAUCCUUCCGGUAACAUUAUGGCUCUCGCAGCUGGUUACGAUUGGAGUCGAGGACACGAAUUCAACACACAACCCGGCUCGAAGAUUGUUCUCCACAAAUGCUCAGAAGACAUGAAACCACGACCAAAGAAG